AUGUCACGGUUCAGACCAAAAGCAGGCCUGUCAGAAACCUCUCAGCCUUCUGGCCCUAGCGCCACGUCCUCGUCGUCGCCAAUUUUCAACAGCAAGACUUCUAGAGCUGUCCGACAAAGACAGCAGCACCAGCAAGUAUCGCUGCAGUCAAAGUCGAGAGAGGAACCCAGCAGUAAUGAAUUCCAUCGAUUAACCUUGGUCGACCACCAUCGAUCCAACAAUCACCUUUCAGAUCCCAUGAGGCGUUCCAAACGCCCCGCCCUUGACCAGAACGCUUGCUAUCCGAAUAAGAAGGACGAUCGUGGACCGGGAUUGCCCUUUUCCGCACGCCACGAACGGGCCCUGUCUUCACCCACCUCCUCUACUUCCGCGAGAACACCAGCCCCGUCUCAAGCGUAUCACUCUACUCAGAGGACACCGCUGUCUUCUCUCAAGUUACCCCCAGCGUCACCUACGUCGGGUGCUCGGCCUCAUUCCCGUCCGCCCUCCCACCUCCGCUCCGUGUCCCAGGAAGGUGCAGUGAAUGGACACUUCAAACAACCCGAAACCAGGCCUAUCUCGCAGGAAAAGCUCGUUGAUGAUUUGGAAAAAAUAUACGCUGGCAUCGUGAAGCUCGAGAAGAAGUGUGUCGAGACCUGUCACCAGCAGUCUCAGACUGCAAACAAGCUUUCCCAUGAGCAGUGGCAGGCCCUGAUUGUCUUGCAUCGGACUCUGUUGCAUGAGUAUCAUGACUUCUUCUUGGCCUGUCAACAUCCAACUGCUUCACCUGCACUUCGGCUACUACCGACCAAACAUGCCAUGCCUGCGCGGAUGUGUAGACAUGGUAUUCACAGUUUUCUUGAGCUGCUCCGCGAUCGAUUACCUUUCUCGCUCGAACACAUGCUCAGAUUUGUCUAUCUUGCCUAUCAAAUGAUAGGCCUGUUGAUGGAAUCGGUACCUGCUUUUUAUGAGACUUGGAUAGAGUGCCUAGGAGACCUUGGACGAUACCGACUGGCCAUUGAAGAAUCUGAUAUGCGGGUUCGAGAACACUGGGCUGAUAUCGCCAGAAUGUGGUACAAUCGCGCUGCCGAUCACUCACCAACGACUGGUCGUAUACAGCAUCACUUGGCUGUAUUGGCGAGACAGAAUAUUGUUCGACAGCUCUUUUACUACUCCAAGGCUCUCAUUAGCGAUAUCCCAUUUGUGAAUACCCGGAUUUCAAUCAUGCGUUUGUUCUCUCCGUUUCUCGACAAAUAUGAGACAACAAGUCAAAAAUAUCUCAAGGUAGAAACUAGUCUGGUUACAGCGGCAGGAAUACUUUUCACUCAUGGUUUCAUUCAUGACUACUGCUCACACAUCAGUCGAUUUGUAUCCGAGUUAGACGGCACUAUCAACAGAACCGGAUCGAAUUUCAAGACACAAGGAGCAGAGAUGGCAUCAUGUCUAAUCGCCAUGAUUCUCGACUUCGGAGCCGAUGAAAAUUAUCUUUGGAAGGCUCUUUGUGCGAGUUCCGAGAAGAGUAGACAGACUCCAACUGAAGGACAAUCGGAUCCCCAAUCUGGCAAAAAUCCAUCUGAGUAUCCUAUGGUCAAGACUCAACUGCACCGCAAAUUCUGGGAACAAGAUGGCCCUAUCAAUGCGCAAGACUUUAUUCAGGCUGCUCCGCCACUCGGUGACCGAUCAGGGGUUAAAUUCUCUUCAUCCGAUGAAGUCACGUCAUAUGUUCUGCCUAUCUGGCUCCAGUGCACUUCCAUUGUUGCGUCUAAAGCUGGAGACAGAAAUGUCCUCCCGUUUCUACAUUUCACUCUGGCAUUCAUAUGGAGUCAAUCAUAUGUUCCAGAGGCUCUCAUCUGCCUUGAGAAAUUUAUUCCGUGGACCGAACUGGCUUGGUCAUUAAACUCAAUGAGCAAAUCUGGUGUGGCCGACAAAGAAGUCGAGUCUCCCGAAUUCCCUCAACCACAGUCCGGGACGGGUCGUCACCUACCAGAGGAUUUCUUGAUGCGAGGAUUCAAAUGGUCUCAGUACUAUUAUCCCCCACACUUUUUUGAUGGCCAAGUGACAGACGAGGACGAACGUCUACUGGAGCUGCCGAGUCAUGCCGCGCCUCGUGCGACGAGGUGUCUAUGGGUGGCAUUACGACUUGCUAAGUUAAAUCGGUACAUUACCUACGACUUUCAGAAGCAAUGGUUUUCUGUUUUGCCUUUACCGGUGGUGUGCCGCCAGUCUGAUGUGAUGGACGAAGAUUGA